GAAGCUGAGGGAGGUGAAGUUGGAUCGCUCGCACCCCGAUGGACUCGGUUUCAGUGUUCGGGGGGGUCUGGAGUUCAGAUGUGGAUUAUUUAUCUCUCAUAUCAUGAAGGAAGGACAGGCGGACAGUGCGGGACUGCAGAUUGGGGAUGAACUUGUCCGGAUAAACGGAUAUUCGCUGAGUUCCUGCAUCCAUGAGGAGGUCAUCAACCUCAUCCGCGCCAAGAAGAUCGUCUCCAUCAAAGUCCGACAUGUCGGGAUGAUUCCAGUGAAAAGCUCUGCUGAGGAGCCGCUGAAGUGGCAGUACGCCGACCAGAUCAUAUCCGAGACCGAGGGCGGGAAGAGCAGUGUGGCGGGAUUGGCGUCCGCCGGCGGGAGGGAGGUGAAGGAGAAGAAAGUCUUCAUCAGCUUGGUGGGCACCACAGGAAUGGGCUGCAGCAUUUCCAGCGGGCCGUCCCAGAAACCCGGAAUAUUCAUCAGUAAUGUGAAGGCGGGAUCUAUAUCUGCGGAGGUGGGGCUGGAGAUUGGUGACCAGAUUGUGGAGGUGAAUGGGGUGGAUUUCUCUGGCGUGGACCAUAAAGAGGCUGUACAAGUAUUGAAGGGGAGCCGGAGCCUGACACUAACAAUUGUGACUGGAGCGGGCCGGGAACUCUUCAUGACCGAAGACGAGAAGCUGGUGGAACAGAACCGCCAGGAACUGGAUCGCCAGGAACUCCUCCGACAGAAGAGACUCGCCAUGGAGACCAACAAAAUCCUGAAAGAGCAGCAGGAGAAGGAGAAGGUGAGGAAGAUGGAAAUCUCGCAGAAGAUGGCGGAGGAGGAGGAGCGAUUCCACAAGGAGAUGGAGAAGAUCGUCGCUCAGGAGGAGAAGAUGAAGAAGGAUUGGGAGGAAGAUUGGGGUCACAAAGAGCAUCCGAAGAUCACAAAACCGUCCACUCCCCCCAGACAGCGCAGCCCCCCCCCCUUCGGUUGGUUCUAUCGCUAUGAGGGGAAGUUCCCGACUCUCCGGAAGAAGGGGAAGGGGGGGCGCAAGAAGUCCAAGAUGGAGAAUCUGACGGAGCAGAAGAAGAGUAAGAAGGAGAUGGAAUUCGAGGAGAAGCUGGCCGAGGAGAAGGAGGGGAGGCUCGAGAAGGAGAAGCAGCUGAAGAUCAACCGGCUGGUGCAGGAGGUGUCGGAGACGGAGCGGGAGGAUCUGGAGGAGUCGGAGAAGGUUCAGCAUUGGGUGGAGAGAUUGUGUCAGACCCGACUGGAGCAAAUCUCGUCUGCCGAGAACGACGCCCACGAGGGAUCCGGAGGACAUCCGUCUGCCUCUCCCCCACCCACUGCGCCGGCUGCCAGGAGGUUUGGCGGCGGCGGCCUCCAUCUUCACACCACGGAUCUGGACGAGGUUCAUUGUGAGGACGUCGCUCGUCCUGUGAAACGCAUCGCUCCCCCGCCUCCCUCCCCCCGCCCGACACCCGCAGCCAACAUCCCCCGCUCCUCCCCAUCCCCCAAUGUCACCAUGCUGAGGAGGAGUGCUCCCCCGGCCCCACCAGGGCCCUCCUGGACAACCCCCUUACAGCCAACAUGGAUGCAUCUGCCGUCCCCCGUACAGCCGCCUCCCCCUGUGUCGGCUCCUCCCAUCAUCUCCUCCCGCCCACCGCUGCCAUUCUCUGAUGAGCUGAAGACAUACAGAGGGCGGUCUGCCAUGAGAUCCUCCAAUCCGGAGCCAAGCUAUCCACCGAGCCCAAAGGUUGUACGGAAUGCGUCGAACGUCAGUAAAAUCUCCUCCACAUCAAGCAACCCUCUGCAGAUGGCGCCCAGCCCACCGACCCACCGCCGCCCCCCGGUGCCAAUCCCAUCCAAACCAAUCAUGCUGCCUCCCGACACCAACUUCCUGCUGAGAGCGCCGCCGAAGGCCGACCCCCUGCCCCCCGAGAUGUUGAAGCGGAUGGUGGUCUACAAUACGCCCUUCCAAUCCAGCAAGAGACAAGGUUUCCAGAAGUAUGUGGAGGAUUUCGACCCGUAUUCCAUGUUUGCAGCGGAGCAGAUCGCUGGGAAGGACGUCCGGCAACUUCGUAUAAAAAAGGACGGGGCUCUGGAUCUGGCUGUAGAGGGCGGUAUUGAGUCUCCGAUCGGGAAGAUUGUUGUCUCCGCCAUAUACGAUGGAGGGGCCGCCGACAAACACGGCGGGAUUGUGAGAGGAGACGAGAUUCUGGCGGUGAACGGGAAGAUUCUGACCGAUGUGAUGUUGGCGGAGGCGCAGGCCACACUGGCAAAGGCCUGGAAGUCGGGAGGGGAUUGGAUAGAUCUGGUCAUCGCUGUUUCUCCACCCAAAGAAUACGACGAUGAGGUGACGUUAUUCUGAGUCGGGAAUGUCGGAGACGGGACGAGACGAGUCGCGGAGGGCGGAGCCCAGAGGAAGUCGAUGAAUCGGAGAGAUGGAAGCCGAGGAUUGGACGGCUUAAGAAAUAAAUAAAUCGCAAUAAAACUUUCCUGCCAA